UUAAUCUCAGUGUCAUUUCCCAAACCUCAGCUCAUACAUAUCAUCUCCUCGCUGGCCAGAUUUGAAAGAAGCCGUUAGUUUCUCUGCCCUUUUCCCGGCAAAACUAUAUCCAACUGCAGCAAUCAGCAGUUGCCUGAACCGAUUCGAAAUGUCCAAACUAUCCUCUCCAUUUCUGAACCUCUUCCUCCCCUUACUCCUUAUGUCCAUACCCUACCUUGUAAAUUCACAAAGUGUCGAGUCAGAGCAGGACAUCCUCUUGAAACUCAGGCAACAACUGAACAACCCACCGUCUCUACGGUCCUGGAACUCCUCGUUCUCCUUCUGCAAUUGGACGGGAAUUUCCUGCACCGACGGUAAGGUUACCGCACUUUUGCUCGGUAACAUUGACAUCACGGUAACAAUUCCGGCAACAAUCUGUGACCUCAGAAACCUCACUGUUCUUGACUUGUCCUAUAACUACAUCCCCGGAGGGUUUCCAGGAGUUCUUUUCAAUUGCUCCAAGCUCCAAAGUUUGGAUCUUUCUCAAAAUAAUUUUGUGGGUUCAAUCCCAGAUGAUAUUGAUCGCCGGCUUUCAACUCUCAAAUACUUGAACCUCGGGGGUAAUAACUUUUCCGGUGAUAUUCCGCCUGCGGUAGGUAACUUAACGGAGUUGCAGUACUUGUACCUGAAUUCGAACCUCUUCAAUGGGACGUUCCCGAAGGAGAUUGGUAACUUGGCCAACCUUGUAGAAUUAGGCUUGGCCUAUAAUGGGUUUCUGCCAUCAACAAUUCCGGCGGAGUUUGGCAAGCUAAGAAAGUUGACGUUCAUGUGGAUUAGAGAUGCCAAUCUGAUCGGCCAUAUCCCAGACAGUUUUGCCAAUCUUUCAAGUCUUGAGCACUUGGAUUUAGCCGUAAACAAUCUGGAAGGUAGUAUUCCAGGUGGGUUCUUUACGUUGAAGAAUUUGACUUAUUUGUAUCUGUUUCGCAAUGAAUUUUCUGGGGAGAUUUCCCAGAAAGUAGAAGCAUUGAAUUUGGUUGAAAUCGAUCUUGCUAUGAACAACUUGACCGGCUCAAUACCGGAAGACUUUGGCAAGUUAAAGAAUCUGAAACUUCUCAGUCUGUUUAGCAAUCAGUUAUCUGGUGAAAUACCCCCAAGCAUAGGCCUUAUUUCUACGCUGACGACUUUCAAGAUCUUCAACAACAAAUUGAGUGGAGUCCUGCCACCGGAACUAGGCCUCCAUUCGAAGCUCGAACAGUUUGAUGUUUCAACCAAUCAUUUCAGCGGCCAACUGCCAGAAAAUCUUUGUGCCGGAGGUGUUUUGAUAGGCGUUGUUGCGUUUUCAAACAAUCUCACAGGGAAGGUUCCUCAAUCGCUUGGAAGCUGUGAUACUUUGAGCACGGUUCAGCUUUACGACAACAACUUUUCUGGUGAAAUACCUUCAGGUAUUUGGACAGCAGUUAAUAUGACAUACUUGUUGUUAAGUGAUAAUUCAUUUUCAGGACAGCUUCCAAGCUUGCUGGCUUGGAAUUUGUCUAGGUUGGAGCUUAACAACAACUUCUUUUCUGGGCCAAUUCCUGCUGGGAUAUCUCGUUGGGUGAAUUUGAUUGUUUUUGAGGCAAGCAACAAUAUGUUUUCAGGUGAAAUUCCAGUGGAAGUUACCAGCUUGUCUCGUCUUACUACUCUUCUUCUUGAUGGUAAUCAACUUUCAGGUCAACUUCCGACCAAGAUAAUCUCCUGGAAGUCACUGAGUACUCUAAAUCUCUCAAGAAAUGCACUUUCAGGCCAAAUCCCUGUAGUGAUGGGUUCUUUACCUGACCUGCUUGACUUGGACUUAUCUCAGAACCAUUUCUCUGGCAAAAUCCCGUCCGAGUUAGGCCAACUAAAGCUUGUAAUGCUUAACUUGUCCUCCAAUCAACUCUCUGGACAAAUCCCAGAUCAAUUUGAUAAUCUUGCUUAUGAGAACAGCUUCCUGAACAAUUCUAAUCUCUGUGCUAUUAAUCCAGUCCUUAACCUGCCAAAUUGCUAUAUUAGACCUCGCAGUUCCAACAAAAUUUCCUCUAAAGUUCUUGCCAUGAUUCUUGUUCUUGCCAUGACUAUCGCCAUUGCUACUGCUAUAUUAACCUUGCUUGUGAUUAGAGACUAUCUGAGAAAGAAGAAAAAACGUGAACUGUUAACAUGGAAGCAGACUUCAUUCCAUAAAGUGGAUUUCACACAAGCAAAUAUUUUAUCAAGUUUGACAGAAAAUAAUCUGAUAGGAAGUGGAGGAUCAGGGAAGGUAUACCGGAUUACUAUGAACCAUGUAGGAGAAUCUGUUGCUGUUAAGAAGAUUUGGAACAACAGGAAAUUUGAUGAGAAAAUGGAGAAAGAAUUUGUGGCAGAGGUUCAAAUCCUGGGAACAAUUAGGCACUCAAAUAUAGUGAAGUUGUUGUGCUGUAUUUCAAGCGAGGAAUCGAAGCUUCUCGUAUACGAGUACAUGGAGAAUCAAAGCCUCGAUAAAUGGCUUCAUGGAAAGAAAAGAAGAUCAUCAUCAGGGACAAACUCAGUUCAGCAGGUUGUCUUGAAUUGGCCUAGAAGAAUGCAGAUUGCCAUUGGAGCUGCACAAGGACUAUGCUACAUGCACCAUGACUGCUCACCACCGAUCAUUCAUCGAGACAUCAAGUCUAGUAAUAUCUUGCUGGAUUCUGAAUUUGAGGCAAAAAUUGCAGAUUUCGGACUUGCCAAGAUUUUAGCUAAGCAAGGAGAAGCUCACACAAUUUCUGCUGUAGCAGGCUCUUUUGGUUACAUUGCCCCAGAGUAUGCAUAUACAACAAAAGUGAACGAGAAGAUCGACGUUUACAGCUUUGGAGUUAUUCUCCUGGAACUAGUAACAGGAAAAGAAGCUCAUAUUGGGGAUGAGAACACCAGCCUUGCAGAAUGGGCAUGGAGGCAAAAUGCAGAAGGAAAACCUAUCAUUGAUUGCCUGGAUGAGGAAAUCAAGAAAUCAAGUUACCUGGAAGAAAUGACGAGUGUAUUCAAGCUAGGACUCAUUUGUACUAGCACUGUACCGUCUACCAGACCUUCAAUGAAAGAUGUUUUGCUGAUUCUACGUAGAUGUUCUAUGAGGAAUUCUGAAGAGAAGUUGGGGAAUGAGUUUGAUGUUGCUCCUCUUCUUGGCAAUCCUACUUAUCUUUCUAGUUACAAGCGAAGUAAGAGAGUAUCAGACUUCGAAUUCGAUAGCAGCUUAGAUUACAGUGUAUGAUGUCUGAAAAUAGUGUUGCUCCUGUCUUUAUUUGUAAGCAAGUUUUGCUGCCAAUUUUCUUACAAUUGAAUAGCCAUGUCUUUUUUUUU